AUGUUUGAAAUUAUGUUUGGGCGGGAGCGGGAGAGGAGUUUUAAAAUUGAAAUUCAAAUUUUUGGACACACGUGGCUACAAACUGUAGCCGUACCCGUGAGGCGUGACCGGGAGAGUGGCCGGCAAAUAUUAGCCGCGUGCAAAUGCUUUCCGUCAACCGCAAACGGCAACAUGCCUCCACGUCAGAAGCCCAAUGGUGGGUCCCAGAACAUGUUGUAUGGGGCUGUAUGGCAUGAAAGGGCAUGCGAUUUUGGGGAGCCGCAUCAUGGCAUGGCAUGCCGUUUUGGAGCCAGAAUAGCUACAGCCGUGAAGGAGCAACUGAGUAAUUUAGCUGGGGAUGUUCUUUCCCCAUUGUUCGAUCUGGAACAGUUGGAGCACCUGGAUCUCAGCUGGAAUGACUUCUAUGGAGUUUCCAUCCCUCCUGGAUUGGGCAGACUCAAGAGUUUGCACUACUUGGACUUAUCAGAUGCUGGGUUUACUGGAGAUAUUCCCAUGGAGCUGGGGAACAUGUCUACUUUGCGCUACUUGGAUCUCUCUGAUAAUGAUCUGAGAAUGGUGGACUUGCGGACGUGGACGGGAAACAUGAGAGAUUUACGGGACCUUAUCCUGGACAAUGUGAAUAUGUCAAGAGUGGAAAACAAUGAGUUGGAUGACACUCUCUCCACUAUGUACGCUCUCACCCGUCUUCAAAUGUCCUCUUGUUCACUGUCUGGAGAAAUCCCCCCUACCCUUGCCAGCCUCACCAAUCUGACCCACCUCCAACUUUAUAAGAACCAAUUAGAGGAUACCAUCCCUUCUGCCCUGCUGCACCUUCCAAGACUGCAACUACUCGACUUUUCCUGGAACACAGAUCUGGGAGGGAACCUGUCAAGCAUUCUACCCCAACACUCUGCUUCCCUUCACACCCUCUUUCUUCCAGGCACAGCAAUGGGAGUAAGUAUUCCGAAUUCUGUUGCCAACAUUUCCUCGUUAACUCGCUUGGAUGUCUCAUCCUGCCAUGUCGACGGUUUUCCAAAUACGUUGGCAAAUCUCACAGCGCUUCAAGUAUUGGACCUCCAUAAUAACAUGUUAAGAGGGCACAUUCCGCCGUUUGGGGAUAGACCUCUUCCCUUGGGAAGACCUUUUCCUUUGGCCUAUAUUGAUCGUUCCUACAAUGAGUUUGAUGGUCCCAUUCCCCCAAUGCUGUUGACCUCGUUUCCGAAUCUCCAACGUGUUGAUUUGAGUAACAAUCAAUUGAAUGGCAGUAUUCCAUCGCCCGCCGGUAACCUUCACUACCUUACAAAGCUCUAUCUGAGUAGCAAUAAAUUGACGGGUAAAAUCCUCCCUUCCAUUGGUCAACUCUUAUCUCUGGGAGAGCUUAUUCUAAGCAACAACACAUUAGAAGGUGCUAUCCCUCUCAACAUUUCUAAUCUUUCAAAACUGACGAGCCUCGACCUAUACUCCAAUCGGUUAAGUGGGGAUUUUUCAGAGUCUCACCUUGAUAAUCUCGGCCAACUUGUCGACCUAGAUGUUUCGGAUAAUCUCUUAACUGUCAAGUUCAGUCCAACAUGGGUUCCAAAAUUCUCUUUGCAUUGGUUGGCAUUAAGCUCAUGUAACAUGGAAGGCGGGUUUCCAACAUUCCUAGUAACUCAAUAUGAGGUUUACAAUGUGGAUUUGUCCAACAACAGUCUUGCAGGAAAUAUUCCGAAGUGGAUAUGGGGUGUCAAUUCUCUCGUGUCUCUCAGUCUUUCUCAUAAUCACUUUGCAGGAGAUCUACCUCAUUCGUCGAUGGGAAGUCAAUUGCAGACUCUAGAUUUGCAUAGCAAUAAUUUACAAGGUCAGCUUCCGCUUCUUUCCUAUAACCUGCGGGCGUUGGACGUGUCAGAGAAUCAGCUGAGUGGAUCCAUUCCAGCAGAUAUUGGUGAAUAUCCUCAACUUGGAUAUCUGUCUCUCUCUCGCAAUCAUCUCAAAGGUAGCAUUCCACCUUCUAUAUUAUGCAGAAUACCGAUUGUGGAUCUCUCAAAUAACAGGCUUUCAGGUAAGAUUCUUGUCAAUCUCAAAAAUUGUUUUAUCGAGAUGUUGAACUUAGAGAACAAUUAUUUGGAGGGCAAGUUGCCACGGCAGUUUGGAGACAUGCCUUCUCUUCAGACAUUAAAAUUGGGAGGAAAUGGACUAAUUUCGUAUAUCCCAUCAUCUCUUGCAAGCUGUAAGCAGUUGGAGAUAUUAGAUUUGAACAACAACAAAAUGAGAGGGAUCAUUCCAAAUUGGAUAGGGCAUCUAUCAAGUCUUAAGAUUUUGAUCUUGAGAUCAAAUAGAUUUGAAGGCACAAUACCUUCAGAACUCACAACAUUGCCACUUCUUCAAAUCUUGGAUCUUUCAUCCAACAGAUUUUCAGGAAUCAUUCCAGCCAACAUCUCAUCUUUGCAAGCUAUGAAAAAUAAAAAGGUCGGCGAUGAAAUCUUUCGUGUUGGAGAUGAUAACACAGGUCCAAUUUAUGUAGAUCAAGUGACAGUCAUCAACAAAGGACAGGAGAUGGAGUAUGUAAGAUCAUUGGCACUGGUAAAAUGUAUUGAUAUAUCAAAUAACAAUUUAACAGGUGGAAUUCCUCCAAACAUGGGAUUGCUUGAGGGUUUGGUUAUUCUGAAUAUUUCAAGAAACCAUAUUACGAGUGAAAUCCCAGAGAUUUUGGGGAAAAUAGUACAGCUGGAAUCUCUUGAUCUUUCACACAACCAACUGUGUGGAAAUAUCCCUUUGGAGCUGCAAUCGCUCACAUUCUUGAAUUACCUGGGCUUGUCUGAUUCCACAAGGGGGACAAUUCUACACAUUUGA